GAGACGGGGCAGCGCCAGGGAGAGUCGAAGGUGUGACUCCGGAUGUGUGAGAGAAGCUGAAACCUGGGAGCGUGGGGAAUGGGCAUGCAUGAGCACGAGUGCACCACCCCAGGCAGCCGGCCGCACGCGGAAUAGAGGACGGAAGCCGGCCUGGGAUGAAUGUGUGUGCGCGCGCGGAGAAGAGAGAAAGAUUGGUCGCUACCUGAGGAACGGCGUCUGGCCGUCAGCCGAAGAACAAGAGGGGACGAGGGCGGCUGGGCGCGUGGCAUGAACCUGGAGGGCAUCGGCACCAACGAGGGCGGCGGCGGGAUGAGCUCGGUGAGCUGUGGCAACGGGAAACUCCGACAGUGGCUGAUCGAACAGAUUGACAGCGGCAAGUACCCGGGCCUCGUGUGGGAGAACGAGGAGAAGAGCAUCUUUCGCAUCCCCUGGAAGCACGCCGGCAAACAGGACUACAACCGCGAUGAGGACGCGGCUCUUUUCAAGGCUUGGGCUCUAUUUAAAGGAAAGUUCAGAGAGGGCAUUGACAAACCAGAUCCUCCCACCUGGAAGACAAGACUGCGAUGUGCUUUGAAUAAGAGCAAUGACUUUGAAGAACUGGUUGAAAGAAGUCAGCUGGAUAUAUCAGACCCAUAUAAAGUGUACAGAAUAGUACCAGAAGGAGCAAAAAAAGGGGCGAAACAGCUUAGCUUGGAGGAUCCACAAAUGAUUAUGAAUAAUCCUUACACAGUGAAUUCACCAUACUCUGCACUACAGUCUCAGAUACAAAGUUACAUGGUGUCUCAUGACCGUAGCUGGAGAGACUAUGUACCAGACCCAUCACAUUCUGAUAUCUCCUACCAGUGUGCUAGUGUUCCUUUUGCGGCUCGCAAUCAUCAUUGGCAAGGUCCAGCGUGUCAGAAUGGGUGUCAGGUGACUGGAACUUUUUAUGCUUGUACGCCAUCAGAGCCACAGACACCUGGGAUUCCAAUAGAGCCAAGCAUAAGGUCUGCUGAAGCGCUUGCAUUGUCAGAUUGCCGCCUACACAUCUGUCUAUAUUACCAUGAAACUCUGGUUAAAGAAGUUACAACUUCAAAUCCUGAAGGCUGUAGGAUAUCUCAUGGCCAAAAUUAUGACGUCAGCGGCCUGGACCAAGUCCUUUUCCCUUACCCGGAAGAUCAUGGCCAGAGGAAAACAAUUGAAAAAUUGCUAAGUCACUUGGAACGGGGAGUAGUACUCUGGAUGCAAGAAGAUGGGCUCUAUGCUAAGAGAUAUUGCCAUAGCAGGAUCUAUUGGGAUGGCCCCCUGGCAUUUUACAGUGACAGGUCUAACAAACUGGAAAGGGAGCAGAUAUGCAAACUUUUUGAUACUCAGCAAUUUUUAUCAGAACUACAACUAUUUGCCCACCAUGGGCGGCCGUUGCCUAGAUUCCAGAUCAUGUUAUGUUUUGGAGAGGAGUUUCCAGAUCCACAAAGGCAGAGAAAACAAAUUACAGCCCAUGUUGAACCAAUGUUUGCAAGACAGCUGUACUACUUUGCACAGCAAGGAACUGGACCUUUUUUAAGAGGCUAUGAGAUGUCAGAACAAGUCACCAGCUCAGAGGAUUACCACCGAUCUAUCCAUCAUUCCUCUGUGCAAGAAUAAGCACAUGAAAAAUGGCUCCUGAAGAAUAUUUGGAAGGUUAUGUAUAACAGAAGAACCAUUGGAUCACACCACUCAAGGAUGUAUAUGAUAGACUUGGAUUUUCCCUGGGGAAAAAACCAACAGCAGCAGCAAAAUGUUCAAGGACUUGAUAUGGGCAAGCCUAAAAACGUAAUGAAUGAACACAUGUUCCCCCCACUCGGCCCACCCUGAUCUUUUGGAUUGCUGUUCCUCAAAUUCUGCUGCUGCAGUUGGGUGCGAAAACUGACAAAGUGUCCAUUAUGUUUACAUGUUGUUUAAUGGGGACAGUGUCUCAUAGACGAUGAACUUAUUUCAGACUCCUACUUAUUUAUCUGAUUAGAAAUCUCAGGGCAGGAAUUCCAAGGCUGAAGCAGCAGCUUACCAUAGAAUGAGGUGGCAUUCAAAAAUGUGUAUUAUUAAUGGACAUGGAGUUAUUUUUAAAUGUUUAUAAGUAUGCUAAUGUUUUAAGGUCAAUGCAGUCUUGCAUAGAAUGUUGAGAAUGUGCAUUUUUUUUAACAAAAGUAUUAUUGCUGACAAUUUCCUCAUAAUUUUUCCAAUUUAUCUUGUUGCUGUUGCUGCUGUUUAGAAAACUAGUGUGAAUAGCACAUUCUACAGAGUUCAUCAAAUUUAUUUCUAGAGUAAAGGGAUAUAACCAGGGGUGUAGUGGAGGGGGUUGUGCAGAGAUGGAGCGCUGGUACUUCCCAGCUUCUCUGGCUGUUGGGGUGGGCAUAGCCAUGCGGGCUGUCAUGGAGAGCGCCUGCACUUCUAAACUUGCAACUACAUCACUGUAUUUGACAUUGCUGUAUACCUCAGUUUAAGCCAAGUAAAGCUUCUCUGUAGCACAUGCUAGAUUUAGUUAUCUUAAAAAAAACAAAAAAAACCCCACAAAAAAAUCCAAAGACUGAAAUGCAUAUUUACACAGGGCUGAAAGUCUGUGUACAGUACACUUUAUAUGCAAACAGAUUCUGAACUCCCUUACAGGUGUAAAACAACUUAAUUUGACUCAUCUGAGCACUCACGGUGUUUGGACUACAAUCACAAUUCCAUUUGAGGUCACUGUUUCUUCUUUUUGGAAGAAAAGGGUAAUAUUGAUGGGCAUAGGCUAUACUCCAGAACAGAGUUAAGUGCACUUAAAUAACUCUGCUGGAUUGUGAUCAUGAGUUAGUUCUGUCACUGUUCUUAAAAGUAAAGAACUGUAAUUUCAGAGGCUUUAUAUAUAUCUUAAUGUUGGUUAUUGAUUAUCUGCUCGGACACAUGCAUAUAUAGUACAGAGAGAAAGCAGUAGUUAAUAGUCAAUGUAUCAAAGUAGAAUUCUCUGAUGAUUUGAGGAAGAAAUGGCUAUUACAGUCCUAAAUUUCCUUAAAACUAGUUGUAGAAGUUUCUGUUUCCUGUACUGACUUACAUCCCACUCUUAAAUUAUGUGCAUUGUACUUGAAUUUAUAAUCAGGGACAAAUUGUAUAUUUUUAUACAAUUGGCAGUAGAUUCAUGUUCUACAAAAACCAUACCUGAAUUUAUACAUCUUAAAGAUGCAUACUGCCUUGGGAUAUAAUAUCCCUCCUUUUCUCUCCUUCUAGUGAGAUAGCGCAGCCUCAUAUGGAUGUUUUCCUUCAUUUGGGACAAUCUUCCUGAUAUUUGAUCUUCUUAAACUUUUUUUGAGGUGGGGGUAGGCGAGAUUUUCAGGCCCGUGUGGUGUUGACCCAUUUAAGUUACAAGUAUAAAUUCUUUUUUGGUGGCAUUUCCUGUGCUUGCAGUGUUUUGGUUGGCUGUGUCAAGUGAUCAUAUGACGGACUAGAAUGGUGUUUUCUUCAUGCUUCAUAUUUUCAUCUCAAAUAUGAUGCUUAUUAAAUCAGCUUGUUAUUUUAAAUUCCUAAUAGUUCAUUUGACUACACCUCUUUCUCAUACAAGGCAGACUGUAAGAGAUUUUUGUGGGUAGCAUGCUGGUACUAAAUACACUACUUGUAGGGCCAUCCCACUGAUUUCAGCGUGACAGAUUUCCCAGGAGUGUUUUUAAGGUUCACCUUUCAGUAAAAGCUUAGGUCCCACCAUUGAAAUAAACAAGACUUUUAAAACACGAUUUAAAAGUAUUUAAACUGUGUCUGGCUCAUGCCCUGGGAAAUGUUUAGGAUAUGGUAUUGUUGGAAGAUCAGCACAAAAUUUUAAAUCUUGUUUACUUUGAAGCAAGUACCAUUGAUGUUAUUCAAUUCUAGGUAAUUAUCUUUGGGAUCAUAGAUGUGCAGGGCAAUCCUAAGCAUAUUUACUCAAAGCAAGUUCCACAAUAGACGUUAGUAGACAUAAGGCUCUCUCCACGCCUGUGAGUGGUGGGCUGAAGGGGGAGGAAGUACCACCCCUGUCAUGUCACUCAUUCCCAUGCCCCAUUGCUCACAGGUCUGGUGGGCCUUGUCUGAAGAGGGAAAAGCCCUCUCCGUAACGGUGGACAGACCUGUGAUUGUGAAGGUGGGUGGAUCGCUCCACCCUUGCAAUCAUGGGUCUGCUCACCAUCAUGGAGAAGGCUUUCCCCUAUUCAGACGUGAUGCGACGGAGGCAGGGCUUCCUCCCCCUUCGCCCCACCACUCACGGGUAUGGCCAGCCUUCAGACUAACUUUUAAAGGAGCCUUGUGUUCACAGGGCCAUACUCCUAGGUAAAUGUGCAUAGGAUUGUGCUGAUAGUCAUUGCUACCUACUGACUCUGCUCCAGUGACAAAUCAAUAACACAAAUUACUGUUCACUUCAGUGACCAGGUAAAGUAAAGCUGUUGCAUGGUUAGGGACUCAUUGUAAGCCUUAUGAUGUGCAAUCUAUAAUGCUAAAAGUACAAAAUGUUUCAAAAGUCAGAUAUUAAUUUGUAAAGAAGAGUGCUGAAUGCGCACCUCACCAUUUUAAAGCCCUUCUCUUUCUAAUGUGUGAAACAGACCUAAGAUGCUCCUAUGCAUUUGUUGCUUUUUGCGGUGUGAUACUUUAAUCAAGGAUUUGUCUAGCUAUAAAUGAUGUGGCAGCUUUUGAAAAGGUUUCUUAGCUAAAUUCCAGCUAUGGUCAGUCCAGCUGUAUGCUCAGAAAGCAUGAGCAAUGCUGUGUCAAUUUACCAAUGUCUUAGAAGACAAUAAAGCUGAUGGUCAGUUAUAUAUGUGCUCACUGGAAGUAUGAAAGAUGAUAGAUUUCUCUCUCACACACAUACACACCCAAUCUAUUUGAGGAAAAAGGGAUUGGGGGGAACCCCAGCCCCUAGCAUAUGAGAAGCUUCUUUAUUACUGUUAGUGGCUUUCAUUCUGAAAUGUCUUUUUAAAAAAACAAACCAGAAAAACUGACAGACUGAUUAUAACUCACUCUGGUUGACAAAUUUUAGGAGGGCAUCUAGCUUUGUAAAUGUGUACAGUAUUGCAUCUUGUUUAACUGAUCACUGAACUGGAUUAUAAGCUAGCAAGGGCACAACCAAAGAUAUGGAAAUAAAAAUGGGAGGGGGAAAGCAGGGAGGGGGGCAGAAAAGCAGGGGCAAAAAGAAUAAAUCAGAAAUAGGGGGAAGCAGAAAGCAGGGCAAAACCAGGAAGUGGGGAGACAGCAGACACCAGAAAGGCAGGGGGGAGAAAGCAGGGGCCAAGACGCAGAAAGGAUGGUGGGAAAGAAGGCAGGGUCCAAGAAGAGGCAAAAGAUGGAAAGUAGAGAGCCGAAAAAGAGGGGCAGGGGAAAGGAGAAAGGGGCAGAAAAGAGAACUCAAGGGGAAGAAAGCCAGUACUUGCAUCCCGCCACCAAAUAAACAAACUACCAGACAAACUCAAACUCACAGUACAGGCAGCCAGUAAAUUCUCCAAGGCACGGAGCUUCUUCCAGCUCCCUCCUCCUUGCCUGUUGCUUCCUUCCUUGGUCUUAUUGGCUAGUCUGAUUCCUAAGGGGCAUCAACCACAACAGAAACUAAAAAAUGAGUUAAAAAUACACUUCCUGGUGGCUUCAGGGGCUCUAUUUUCUACCUAUUUUUUUCGUUCCUGGAGUGGUCAAUGCCAGGCCGGCACCCCCUAGGAAUCAGACUGGCUGGAAUAGCUUGGUUAGCAGGCUGUUCCAGCCAGUAAGACAAGGAAGGCAGCAACAGACAAGGAGGAGAGGCUGGAGGAAGCGCUGUGCUUUUGAGGAUUUGCUGGUGUCUCCCUGUGCUGGUAAGUUUGAGUUUCUCUGAUAGCUUGUUUGUUUUGUGGAAGGUGGGCCACAGCCCCUCCUGCCCUUACUGAGCCGUCUCUGGUGGUGAGUUUUUUGUAUAGCAUCUUCUGCAUCAAAUAUCAGAAAAUACUGGCUGACAUCCCAAAAAGGAAUUUGCAAAACAAAGAAAGUUGUGCUACUGCAAGACUAUGGCAAAGUUGUGUGGGGGAAAUUGGGAUUUGCGGAACUGCACUCUUGCGCUACAGUGCUCUUGUGCAAAACCUCCCUUUAAAACAAAUGAGGCAUGCUGGAGGUUGUGCAGUGGUUGCAUAAGUACACACAUGCUUGCAGUAGUGCAGCACUAGUCUGGAACACAAGCUCCAGACUUAGCACAAGUAGCUAAUGCAACAGUUUGGGGCUAGUGCAACAUGCCUCCCUCUGGUGCUUUGUUAGGAUGUUAGCCACUGUUCUCCAUUUUGGAAGAAAGGUUUGUGCCUUCCUUUUUUGCAAGACGGCUGUGAACUAGGCAGGGCCAGUCAAAUAUGAAGCAUUGCCUCUGAGUUUACUAAUAGAACCCUGAUUCUAUUCAGUAUUUAUAACCAGUAAGGCCAGUAUUCUGAUUGUUCUGACCAAUAGGUCAUAUGGUUGGAUAACUAUGAGUACCCUUCUUGGUUGCACUUGCAGGUAGAGCAUGAGUAAAUGAAAAUAAAGCUAGAGAUCUUUCUUUCUGAAAAGUGAGAAUAAAUAAUGAUGUACAUUGUAAAUAUUUUUAAAAUUCAGAUUUAUGUGCCAUUGUUCUAUUGUUUGAAAUAAUUAAUAAAGUGAUGAAUUUUUAUCUAA